GAGGAGAAACAGAAGAUGGUGAAUGUCACAGAGAAUGCAACUGAGAAGUGCACAAUUAAUCAUGAUAUUCACCAGACAUUGUCCCCCGUGGUAUACAUAUUUGUAUUUAUAGUAGGUUUGCCAGCUAACUGCCUGUCACUGUAUUAUGGCUACUUACAGAUCAAGGCUAAGAAUGAACUGGGUAUCUACCUUUGCAAUUUGACCGUAGCAGAUCUGCUUUACAUAUUUUCUUUGCCUUUUUGGCUUCAGUAUGUUUUACAGCACGACAACUGGACUUAUGAUGAGCUGCUGUGCAAAAUCUGUGGCAUCCUCUUGUAUGAGAAUAUCUACAUCAGCGUGGGCUUUCUCUGCUGCAUCUCCAUCGACCGCUACCUGGCAGUGGUUCACCCUUUUCGCUUCCAGCGGUUUCGGACGAUGAAGGCUGCAGCCACUGUCAGCAUCGUUAUCUGGGCCAAGGAAAUAAUGACAUGUUGCUUUGUCUUCAAACACGGGGAGGUCAGCAUGGACGCUGAGAGCCACGUGGUGUGCUUUGAGCAUUACCCCAUCAAAGAAUGGGAACACAAUGUCAACUACUACCGCUUCUCUGCUGGCUUCCUUUUCCCCUUCUUUCUGCUGGCCUUUUCUUACUGUGGGAUUUUACGAGUCGUCCACAAGAGUCACGGCACUCAAAAGAAGAAGAAAAUCCAAAUUAAGCGACUGGUUUCAAGCACCAUUUUCAUUUUUGUAGUUUGCUUUGGACCAUACCACAUCCUACUUGUGGUUCGCAGCUUGCUGGAGAACAACUGCUCGUUUGCUGAGAAAAUAUUUAAUGUUUAUCACUUUUGUCUCCUGUUGACCACUUUUAACUGUGUUGCCGAUCCCGUAUUGUAUUGUUUUUCCAGUGAAAGCACUUACCAGAACUUUGCCAAGAUGCGAGACUCUUGUUUAACGUGUUUAGGGUGUCUGAGGACUGAGAUGAAGGAAUCUUAUCCACUGAACACUCCAGAAGCUCUCAACAGGCCACAGCAUGAGCAAGAACCAGGGUUAUUACAAAUAUCACAGGAUAAUACUAAAAGGAAGGACUCCUCCACUACUCACUUGGGCAGUCUAUAG